AUGGCAACAGUUCCGUUGGCGAAAGUGCCUAUUCUCGGGAAGGACACUGUGCAUGUGGGUUACAACAUCCACGAGCACAUCGUGUCCACCACGAUCCACGAUUGUCCAUCGUCCACUUACGUGAUUGUCAACGAUGCAAACGUGCAGAAACUACCUUACUUGAAGACCAUAAAGUCUGAGAUGGAGAAGCAGUUGCCCGAGGGCGCCCGUGUGCUCCACUACAUCACAAAACCUGGGGAAGCGAACAAGACGAGACAGACGAAGGAACAAGUGGAGGACUUCAUGCUGGACAAUGGUUGCACUAGGGACACAGUCGUGAUUGCCAUUGGUGGUGGGAUCGUGGGUGAUAUGAUUGGGUACGUCGCGGCCACUUUCAUGCGUGGGGUCCGUGUCGUUCACAUCCCAACGUCGCUGUUGGCAAUGGUGGACUCAUCCAUCGGUGGGAAAACCGCUGUGGAUACACCAAUGGGGAAGAACUUCAUUGGGGCUUUCUGGCAACCACAAUUCGUGUUUGUCGAUAUCAAAUGGUUGGAGACUUUGCCCCGUAGAGAGUUCAUCAACGGGAUGGCCGAAGUCAUCAAGACUGCUUGUAUCUGGGACGCAGCAGAAUUUGCUCGUCUAGAGGAAAACGCGCAAACUUUCUUGGAUAUCGUCAACAACGCUCAAAUAGUCCAGUACUCCGAUGAGAACACGGGGGACGUGUACGAACUGUCGCAGACGGACAUCCCCAAGAUGCUAGAACACACUUACAAGCUUGUCCUCGAAAGUAUUAAAGUGAAGACAGAGGUAGUGUCCUCAGAUGAGCGGGAAACUAGCUUGAGAAACUUGCUUAACUUCGGGCACACCAUUGGCCACGCUUUCGAGGCCAUAUUGACCCCACAGGCGCUCCAUGGGGAAUGUGUCUCCAUCGGUAUGAUCUACGAGGCAGAAUUAUCCCGCUACUUGGGGAUUCUAUCCCCAACACAAGUCGCAAGGAUUGUCAAGAUUUUGGUGGCAUACGGGCUACCUGUCUCCCCAUCUGAAAAAUGGUUCAAAGAGCUUACGUUACAGAAGAGAACUCCUCUGGACGUGCUUCUAAGCAAGAUGUCCAUCGACAAGAAGAACGACGGUUCCAAGAAAAAAUGUGUUUUAUUGGAGACCGUGGGGAAAUGUUACGGGACCUCCGCCCACGUCGUCUCGGAUGCAGACUUGAGAUUUGUCCUUACAGAUGAAACUCUUGUCUACCCAUUCAAAAACAUCCCAGCGAAUCAAACAAAGACCAUUACACCACCAGGAUCAAAAUCUAUCUCCAAUAGAGCGCUGAUUUUGGCAGCUCUUGGUAAGGGUCCUUGUAGGAUCAAAAACUUGCUACAUUCAGAUGACACGAAACAUAUGCUUAACGCGGUUCAAGAAUUGAACGGUGCGAAAAUUACCUGGGAGGAUAACGGUGAAACUGUGGUCCUUGACGGUCAAGGUGGUGCCACUUUAACUGCCUGCGAAAACCCAUUGUACUUGGGUAAUGCAGGUACAGCCUCCAGGUUUCUCACCUCGUUUGCCUCAUUGGUCAAGUCGUCCAAGAGUAAGAACCAUAUUAUCUUAACGGGUAACGACAGAAUGCAACAGAGACCCAUCGGACCCCUGGUCGAUUCCUUGAGAACAAAUGGUACCAAGAUUGACUACGUUAAGAAUGAGGGAUCUUUGCCCCUUAAAGUCUACACCGAUACCCAUUUGCAAGGUGGUCGCAUUGAACUGGCUGCCACGGUUUCAUCCCAGUACGUUUCGUCUGUUUUGAUGUGUGCCCCUUACGCUGAAGAACCAGUCACGUUAUCUCUUGUCGGAGGUAAACCAAUAUCCAUCCUAUACGUUGAAAUGACGAUCAAAAUGAUGGAAAAGUUUGGUGUCAAAGUGACUCAAUCUACCACGGAACCAUUCACCUACCACAUUCCAAAAACUCAAUAUGUGAACCCACCAGAAUACGUGAUCGAAAGCGAUGCCUCCUCGGCUACUUACCCAUUGGCAUUCGCUGCUCUAACUGGUACCACUGUUACGGUUCCCAACAUCGGUUCGGACUCGUUGCAAGGAGAUGCAAGAUUUGCUAGGGAUGUUUUGGGACCCAUGGGCUGUACUGUGGAACAAACAGCCUCUUCCACCACCGUCACAGGGCCACCUGUUGGUCAUUUGAAACCUUUGAAGCAUAUCGAUAUGGAACCAAUGACUGACGCGUUUUUGACUGCCUGUGUCGUUGCAGCUGUCGCUCACGACAGUAAUCCCGAAUUCCACAAUACAACUACGAUUGAGGGGAUCGCUAACCAACGUGUAAAAGAGUGUAAUAGAAUUGAGGCCAUGGCCACUCAAUUGGCCAAAUUUGGUGUCAGGACGCACGAACUUCCAGAUGGUAUUCAAGUUCACGGUUUGGACUCUAUUGACGAGUUGCAACUACCUCGUGACUCCACUGGGCCAAUCGGUGUCGAAACCUACGAUGAUCAUCGUGUGGCAAUGAGUUUCUCGCUGUUGGCUGGGAUGGUGAAUUACAAUAGUACUGAGAAGGAUGUUGACCCUGUCAGAGUCUUGGAAAGACAUUGUACGGGAAAGACCUGGCCUGGCUGGUGGGAUGUUUUGCACACAAACCUGGGGGCUCGUCUAGACGGUGCAGAACCAAUCAACAAUGCCGCAACUAAGUCGUCAAAGAGUGUCGUUAUAAUUGGUAUGAGAGCAGCAGGUAAGACUACCAUAAGCAAAUGGUGUGCUGCAGCCUUGGGCUAUAAGUUAAUGGACUUGGAUGACGCCUUUGAACAAGACUAUGGGCACGGGAACAUCAAGGAGUUUGUUGCCCAAAAUGGUUGGGAAAAAUUCCGUGAAGAGGAAACUCGAAUCUUUGAGGAUGUGAUUAACAAGCAUGGAGAUGAUGGGUACAUUUUCUCUACCGGUGGUGGUAUUGUGGAAAAUCCAGCAUCUAGAGUUGCAUUGAAGAAGUUUGCUGCCUCUGGUGGUUACGUUCUACACUUGCACAGAGACAUCGAGGAGACUAUCAUCUUUUUGCAAAGUGAUCCAUCUAGACCUGCUUUUGUCGAAGAGAUCAGAGAUGUGUGGGAAAGGAGAGAGAAAUGGUACAAGGACUGUUCCAACUACACUUUCUUUGCCCCUCAUUGUUCGAACGAAAUCGAAUUUCAAAGUUUGAGAAAGGCUUUUAGCCGUUUUAUUAACGUUAUUUCUGGUAACGAGGAGAUUGCGGUUCCAACGAAAAGGUCUGCUUUUGUUUGUCUGACUUUUGAAGAUUUGACGGAACACACUUCCAAAUUGUCUGAAAUUGCCUACGGUUGUGAUGCCGUUGAAGUCAGAGUCGACCAUCUGGUUAAACUGGAUGCAGACUUUGUAAACAGACAACUUUUCACCUUGCGAUCCGCCACCGGAGGGUUACCUAUCAUUUUUACAGUCAGAACCAAGAAACAAGGUGGCAAAUUUGACGACGAUGAUUAUGAAACUUUAGAGCAACUGUUUAGUUUGGCCUUGAAGGCUGGUGUUGAGUUCAUUGAUUUGGAACUAACGUUGCCUACUGCCAUCCAAUACAAAGUCUUGAACAACAAAGGAAAUACCAAGGUAAUUGGGUCCCAUCACGAUUUCGAUGCGGCAUUUCCGUGGUCAAACUCGGAAUGGGAAAACAGAUACAACCAAGCACUAUCUUUGGACGUUGAUAUUGUCAAAUUUGUCGGUACUGCAGUGACUUUUGAGGAUAACUUGGAAUUAGAAAGAUUCAGAUUUUCUCAUACGAUUAAACCCUUGAUUGCUAUCAACAUGGGUGAAAUUGGUAAAGUGUCUCGUGUUUUAAACACUAUCUUAACUCCUAUUACGUCCAGUUUGCUCCCAGGCUCAGCUGCCCCUGGACAACUAACUCUACCCGAAAUUAACAAAAUCUAUACAUCAAUGGGCGGUAUUACACCAAAGGAACUAUUUGUUGUCGGUAAACCAAUUGAGCAUUCUAGAUCCCCCACUUUGCACAAUACAGGCUAUAAACUUUUGGGUCUGCCACACACCUUUGGGAAGUUCGAAACGGAUUCAGCUGAGGAGGUUAAAAAGCAACUGUUGGAUGGCAACAAAAACCUAGGGGGGUUAGCUGUUACUAUUCCAUUGAAGUUGGAUAUAAUAAAAUACAUGGAUGAUUUAACACCUGCUGCAGAAAUCAUUGGUGCAGUGAACACCGUUAUCCCACUGGGGGAUGGUAAAUUCAGAGGUGACAACACCGACUGGUUGGGUAUCACUAAUUCCUUGAUCAGCAAUGGUGUUCCAGCUAAUGUCAGCGGUAUGUGUGGUCUUGUUGUUGGUGCAGGCGGUGCCUCUAGAGCUGCUGUUUACGCAUUGUUCAAGAUGGGCUGCGCUAAGAUUUACGUCAUCAACAGAUGUUCAGACGAAAUGCAAGCUUUGAAGGCUUCUUUCCCGGUCCAUUUCAACCUUGUUCUAGUAGAAACUGUUGAGGAAGCCGACCAAGUUGUUGAUACUGUUUCUAUGGUUAUUAGCUGUGUUCCUGCUAACAAACCGCUACCAGACAAUCUGGUGAGCAAGGUCGAACGCUUCCUGGCGAAGGGUGCUAAGGCUUCUUUUGUGCCAACACUUCUAGAUGCUGCCUACAAACCUAGCAUCACUCCUCUCAUGAAGUUAGCAAGUGACAAGUACCAAUGGCACGUUGUACCUGGUGCCCAAAUGCUUGUUCAUCAAGGUGUAGAACAGUUUGAGAGAUGGACUUCCUUCAAACCUCCAUUCAAGGGAAUCUUUGACGAAGUUACUAAAGAUUGA